UUCUUCCCAAAACCAACGAGCAAAGACUUAUAGUAACCAGAGACCUUUCCCGUUAACCAAAAAAAGAAAUUCUCUGCCUUCCCCAUAAAAUAUGACUUUGAACUUAGGCUCUCCUUGGCUCUCUCGCCUUUCUCACCCUCCUCACCUCCCUCUCCCUAAAUUCUCUGAAUCUUAUCCAAAGUCCAAUUACUCUCUCUUAUCUCUCUUACUAGCUGCUACUGGCUUCAACCAUUCAAUCUUUUCCUCUUCGAGAGUUCUCAAAGCAAGAGCUUCACUCAGCGAAGGAAACUCUGCCCUGGACGUACUGUUAUCGAAUGACGAGGAGUUGCUUGGCCGAGUCUCUGCUGCUAAAGACGCUAAUGAAGCGAUCCAGAUAAUCGCCGACAUUUCUAACAUAAGUAGUGGCGUAGUUAGCGUCUCCGAUUGUUGCCGCAUUAUAGCCGCCGCGCUUGAUAGGAACAAUGUUGAACUGGCCUUAUCUAUCUUCUAUGCCAUGCGUUCGAGUUUUGAUCAAGGUGUUAGUGAAAGUGGCCCUCUGCUGGAAAGAUGGAAGUGGUCGAGGCCAGAUGUGAGUGUUUACACAGUUUUAGUUCAGUGUCUUGCUUCAUCAUUGAAGGUCUCAGACGCACUUAAGGUGAUUGAUUAUAUUUGUCGAGUGGGAGUAUCUCCUGGUGAAGAGGUUCCUUUCGGGAAGGUUGUGAGAUGUCCAACUUGUAUGAUAGCUGUUGCCGUUGCACAACCUCAGCAUGGUAUUCAGAUUGCAUCUUGUUCAAAGUGCCGUUAUCAGUAUGAGCUUGUUUCUGGAGACAUAACUACUAUAAACUCGGAGGAAAUCAGCAAGGACCUUCCAGUAUGGGAAAAGGGGCUAAGGUUUCUGCAGAUAAUGAAGCGAACCAUUCCUGCAGCUGUUCAUUCCAUUGUGGUGCAGACCCCUUCUGGAAUAGCACGUACACACAGGUUUGCUACCAAAACAGUUGAUCUCCCAGCACAAGAAGGAGAAAGAGUAACUAUUGCUUCUGCUCCAUCAAAUGUUUAUAGAAAUGUGGGCCCCUUUAAAUUUAGGCCAAAGCCCCCCAAGACAUACCCUGGGGAACCUAUGUGCCUGACAAACCAUGAAAAUGGUAGGGAAUCAAUUUUACUGAGAGCCCCCGUAAAAGAUGGAAAGCUUUCUUUACUUAACCCCACAGUCCUCAUUCCACUGCUUGCUGUUCUUGCUACUGGAGAUGCUGCAUCUGGAAUUAUUGAUCCCAGCCUACCUCAAUUCCUUUCUGUGGCUACCAUUGCAUCUCUUGGUGUUGGAGCUACAUUGAAUACGCUGGUUUUCCCUCAGUUGAAUCAGCUUCCUCAGAGAUCAGUGGAUGCAUUUGCUAUCAAGCAGCAGCUAUUAUCUCAAUAUGAUGUACUUCAGUCUCGCAUCAAGGACCUAAAAGAAGCUGCCGAAAAAGAGGUUUGGAUGUUGGCUCGGAUGUGUCAGCUGGAGAACAAAAUCUUUGCUGUUGGAGAACCUUCCUAUCGGACUCGGAGAACGAGGGUAAAAAGGGUACGAGAAAGCUUAGAAAAUUCCCUCAAGGGACGGAUAGAACUAAUUGAUAGCUAUGCAAGAAUUUCUUCAAUGAUUGAAAUUGAGGUGGAAAUGGACUCAGAUGUUCUUGCUGCUGAAUCAGUGAGCAAUGCGGAAAGCAUUGCGGAGCAGAUAGAACAAAUAAUGGAACUAGAAAACCUUGAAGAGAGAUGGAGGCUACAAGCUGAAGCAAAUGAUGAGGCUGAGAGACUUCUCAGUUACCAGCCAAUAUCUUCAGAGAGUGUCUAGACAUUUUUACUGGAUAUCAGCUUGCAUUAACCAGUUUCAAGUCUGCAAGUUUUGCAGUGUUAUGGAUCUCAUGUUUCUGCUCCAGAAAACCUUUCAUCAGCUGAAUAUCUUUGAAAGCUGGCAACAGUUCCUGUUAUGUGGAAUGAAAUCUAUGCACAUCUGGAAAUGGACUAUCAGAAGGUAGGUGUUUAGAUGUGCUACAGCUUGAAACUACUCCAGCAAGUCAUUCGAGUGGCUCGAGGUAUUAGGUGAUUUUAUGUUUAAUAGGUUAAUAUUACUCAUUCUCUCUCUUUUUGAAAAUCAUGAUAAUUGAUAACCUUUGCCUGUUCGUAUAGUGUGAGCAGGAAAAAUGUUUGUACAAAUAGAGGAUCGCUCCACUACUUUCCUAUUUCUGGUAUAUUGUACAUGAGAAAUUCUGAUUAUUUCUGCAGAAAGAAGCAGGAACCAAUCCACAUUUGCCUAAGAGCAAUUCUGGACAACUUAACCAAGAUUAAACAAAGAAUAAACUCAAAAACUGUGCCCAUC